CUUACGACGUAGUCACAACUACCAAAACAACAAACUACAAAAUGGUUGCGAAGUUCGUCGUAUUCCUCGCCUUUGUGGCUGUGGCCGCCGCCUCCGAUCUGUCUGCGUUCUCGUACGGCGUGGCCGACCCCUACACCGGCGACUUCAAGCACCAGACGGAGAGCCGCGCCGGUGACAAUGUGGUCGGCCAGUACUCGCUGCUGGAGUCGGACGGCACGCGCCGCACCGUGGACUACGCCGCCGGCGCCGGGGGCUUCAACGCCGCUGUGCGCAAGGACCCUGCUCUCAUCGCCGCCCCCAUCGCCCCCAUCGCUCCCAUCGCCCCUAUCGCACCCAUCGCCCCCAUCGCCCCCAUCGUCCGCGCUUUCCCCUACGGCGCCUACCCCUACUCCUACGGAGCUUACCCCUACAAAUUCGGUGCCUACCCCUAUGCUCGCUACUACUAA